UUCUGCUACAAUUUUGUCAAGUUGAGUUGUUUGAAAAUUGAAAUUUUUUUUGUCGGUAAAUAAUCGGGCUUCAUAUUAUUUCUAAAAAAACAGUAAUAAUUAUAUUAAUUUUUAGGCAUUAGUAAUUGGUAUUCGGCUUCGCUUACAGCCUGCUGUGUGGGAUAUUAUUUUGGAAAAAAAUACAAAUGGAUGAUACUGUAAUUUCACCAGGAACCAAAAUGGGCGAUUCUGCUUCAGAGAGUGAUUCAAGCUCCUUAGAUGGAGGAGCUAUGUUGCCUCCCAGUACAGUUUCACGAGAUCAGUUGCAAAAAAGGAUUGACUCAUUGCAACAGCAAAAUAGAGUGCUCAAGGUAGAACUAGAUACAUACAAGCUCAGAGUAAAAGCACUGCGAGAAGAAAAUCGAGCAUUGAGACAGGCUUCAGUGUCAAUUCAAGCAAAAGCAGAGCAAGAAGAAGAGUAUAUUUCUAACACAUUGUUGAAGAAAAUACAGGCUUUGAAGAAAGAGAAAGAAACACUAGCUCACCACUAUGAAAGGGAAGAAGAAUGCUUAACCAAUGAUCUGUCUAGAAAACUGAAUCAAUUACGUCAAGAAAAGUGUAGGUUGGAACAAACAUUAGAGCAAGAACAAGAAUGCCUUGUAAACAAACUAAUGAGGAAAAUUGAAAAACUUGAAGCAGAAACACUUGCCAAGCAAACCAAUUUAGAAAGACUUCGGAGAGAAAAGGUUGAACUGGAGAACACAUUGGAGCAGGAACAAGAAGCAUUAGUGAAUAGGCUGUGGAAAAGAAUGGAUAAGCUUGAAGCUGAGAAACGCUCUUUGCAAAUUAGACUUGAUCAGCCCGUGUCGGAUCCUGCCAGUCCUAGGGAUAUAAGCAAUGGUGACACUGCAUCUAAUUUAAGUAAUCAUAUUCAAACUCUGCGAUCUGAAGUUGUUAAAUUAAGGAACCAAUUGGCUGUGUCUCAGAACGAGAAUAAAGAAAAAAUGCAGCGUUUUGUAUUAGAAGAGAAACAUAUUAGAGAGGAAAACAUCCGUCUACAUCGGAAGCUACAACAGGAGGUGGAGCGUCGUGAAGCGCUGUGUAGACAUCUCUCUGAAAGUGAGUCGUCUUUGGAGAUGGAAGAAGAGAGACAGUUCAAUGAAGCCCUCAAUGCUAGAUCGCGGAGUGUUUCGUCUCCGGGUGGGUCGCGGCCGCUGUCACCGUACGCGACUGCGAGCGCCUCCCCACUACUUGCGGGCAUGUCCGCUAGACCACCAGGACUGCAUUUCAAUGCACAGCAAGCUCGUCGCGCCGGAGAGCGGUUUGUGAAGCCGGCCGUUCCCGGCAUCCUGCCACCUGUGGCGCGGCCCCUGGAGCCGCAGGUGUUCCCAGCUGCUGCCACCCCGCCACCUGCCACCCCCGUACCGCAGCCCGCCAUCUCGCCUCCGCUCACGCAACCAGCCAGCCCCAUGGACACAUCCUCCAGGGACUGAGAAAACUAUAACGCUACACUAGUUUACUAGAGUUUAUUCAGGGUCAAAUACUACUACGCCUGUAACUUUUUUUUUAAGCGAGCCUGUAUUUAAAUUCAAUUUUGGUGUCACUCUUUAUUGUAUGAUACACUCUAUCUGUCUUAUUAAAAAACGCAAUGAAAAGUUACUCCAUGUUUAAAAUUACUUCUCCCUGUCAUGUAAUUCUGUAGUGACAAAGGUAAGAUAACGACAAAAGUUUAAUACUUGGAUUAACUUUACUUGGCUUUUAUUAAUAAUACAUAAUAUUUAAACAACUGCAAGCAUUAACUUAAUAUUAGAUAGAAUUAAUAAUUGCAGUCUCUAAAAUCUUAUAUAUUUUAUUAACCGAUAUAUAUAAUCUGGUGCUUUAAAUUCGUGGCUAGAAUACAUUUGACCCACAAUAAAAGCGCUGCUUACUAAUUGUAUCUAUAAAAAAAUGGCUGCACAGAUUGUAUAUUACUUGUUAUAAAAGACAUCCUACCGGUUGAAUGUAGCCAACUUAACACAGCUUAACUUAUAUACAUCCAUAGUUGUAUCUAGAGGGGACGGGAGAUGAUGUCAUAUGAGUGAGCACUUUGCGUUCGAGUGCACAAAUAUCGUGCACAGCGUUCACCGCGUGUAGAUUUCGCACGGUCUUUGUGUUAGCUUUGUUUCUAGUUUUUAUAUUAUAUUUUUGAGCAGCGCUAGCCUUGGCAUUUAACAUAGGUAGAGUGAGUGUCGGCGUGAUUUAUCGAUAUUUUAACACUAUAAAUUGUAUAUGGAGGUAAUUGAUCUAACGAGAUAAUGGUUACCCUAAUGUUUAGAAGCAUCGUCAGCUCAAAAGGUGAGCAUUCACGAUGGCGCUAUCGCGACAAAUGACGUAAUAUACAGGACCAAAAUAGCUUCCGGACACGAGAUAUUAAUCGAAUUCAUAGAUAACUUAUGACUAUAAAACACAAAACAAACAUGUAAAAAGUAUUUUAGAUACAACAUGUAGUUUCCGAAAUAUAAGGUUUUUUUGCUAGGCUAUUAAAUAUUAAAUAUUUUUGGAGCACUGUGCUGACUGCUAUGACGUCAUUACAGUCACUCCCUAUCAUGAGAGUGGGCUUUUCAAGCCGUGUGAAAUACUUUAAUGUUGCCGAAACGCAUUUUAAUGUUAUUUCAAAACUACUCGACUUUAUUGACACAAUACGUAGUGUAUUUCUGGCUUUAAGCUUUACCUUUCAAGUGAUCUGACGGACUAAGUGAUAUUCUCCAUUCAUUUACUAUAUUGACUUUAUUGAGUGUACUGUGAGUGAGUACAGAUUACGCGCGAGUUGAAUGCAGAGUUCAAGAAUACGAUAGUGCUGUGACCAUAAUCAUGAGUGUGUCGAUAAAUUUAAGUAAUGCUACCAUUUGACACUAAAAAUUAAUAAAAUAAAAUUUUAUCAUAAUUUUACCCUAAUAAUACAAUCUCAAAUUUUUGUUUUUCCUUUUUCCGAAGUUUUUUUUUGGAAGGAAACCCAAUAUAAAAAAUAACACGGGUAUCUAUCUAUAUCGUAACUUUAGUGUUAACGCGAUAAUACUGGCGCGAUAGCACUGUUCUGUAGCGCGCGGGGUGAGGCGUAAGGGAAGAUGGGGGAGAUGUUUCCGCUCUUUAGGCCCCGACUGGAUUCAACUCGCGCGCGAACUGUAAUUAAAAGUUCUUCUAAACCCAUGUACAGACAAUUGGAGUGGGCUAGAAUGCUGUUUGGCGUACAUUUGUCUUGGCUUGUCGUUUGAAUCCGUGUUGAAUAGCGCUAUGGUGAAUGCUUACCUUAUCUGUGUAUAAUAUCUGUUGUGCCUGUAACUAGGAUGUAAUCGUUAAGUGUGACCGGGUGAUUAUUCCGGAACUAUUACAGAUAUCAAAAAAAAUUUAACUCUCAUCAAAAGAACGUUACUUAAUCAGUAAAAUGACAUCUUUAACCUUUUAAAAUUCGAACAAGAAAGAAAAAGUAUCCAAAAUUUUGAUAUUAAACACUCACAUACAUUUAGUAUUAGAUUACACAACACGGAUGUCACUUUGUUGGGUAUAAACAGGUUCCUUUAGUAUCAGUACUAAGCUAAAAUUACCUUAUAAAGUAUGGGAGUGUUUUGUAUCAACAUUUUGGAUACUUCUCGGUUUGAUUUUUAAAAAGUUAUUGAUCAAAGAGAAUGUAAAUACUACGUAUUUGGAGACGGGACUGCCUAAGUAAAAAUUCUAUUUUAGUUUAGAAUGAAACUUGCUGUGGUUUGACAUAAGUUUGAAGUAGUAGUAAAAUUUACAGUAUGGCGAUUGUAUUGGCGACGAAGUGUAAUCCGGCUAAGUUUGAAAGCGAACAGUUGCACAAAACGUAGUGAAUUUCGGCUAUCUUCGUUUUUAACAAAAUUAUAGCCGUCAUCUGUCAUCAAGUGAAUCGCUUCUUAAUGAGUUUCGCCAGGCUGUCAUUGAUGUUAUUUCACUGAUUACGUAAAGCUCUUUCGAUAUCAGUUCAGAAUUUUUUGAUAUCUGUAAUAGUUACGGAAUAAUUGUAUGGUCACAUCUAAUGAUAACAUCCUGUAUAAUAUGUAGUUAAUAUAAUAUUCGGCUUACGCGGGCCGGCACUAAUCAGCAUUUGUUUAGGUAUUGCUAUAAUUAGUUGUUAAGCUUUGUUAUUUAUUACGACUAUACUAUUUGCAAUAAUGAGGGUUGUCUUUUGAUUUAAGGUUAGGAUAAAGCUAUUGAAAUUAUGUUUUUUGAUCUAUAGAUUAUUUAAUGAUUUGUGGAUCCGUUUAAUACCAAAAUUUGUUUUAUUUCUAACGGAAUUGAAUUCUUUGUUGGCAAUGCCUUCGUCUAACACGAGGAACGUGCAAAAUCGGUAUAAAUCUUACGUUUUGGUUAUGGCGUUAUUUAUAUUUCAUGGUAAUCUCUUUUUCUUUUUGAUAAUUUAUAGAUUAUAUGUUAAAACAUUAAUGGUAGAUGUUAAGUUCUGAGUGCAAAGUGUGAGAAUUCCCACCUAUUCGCGUGACAGUUAACUACAAUUUGUAGGACGUCGAAAGAGCGCCAUCUAGUGACAGUAGAGGAAAACAUCAUAGCAUAGGUAAAAAAUCUCACACUUGGCACUCUUUAUUUACGCAUUACACUCACAUCGAAUUUCCGAAAGGUCCGGUCGGAUAGUUAUAAUUGCUUUUUAUUGUUGCUACGGUUCGGAUUAUCCGAACUUUAAUGAUUAUGCGAUUCGAUGCGCGGUCAAUACUUUUAAUGAACUAUUAACUUAAUCACCAUUAUAUUAUAUCCAAUGUAUGUGUACAUUUACCCCCUUAUUCAUAAUGGUCCGCUAACUUAAAACAGCCGCUAAGGAGUGUUUUUUCUCAUUCACACUUAGGUCAAUAGAAGAAGACAGAGUGUGAAUUAGCAAUGCUUUAAGUUAGCAGACUAUUAUGAAUAAGGAGGUAAAGAUAUAACUAUUAUUUAGAUUUACUUGCUAUGUCCACACUUGUGUUUUAUUAACAUUAACAAUUGCGAAAUAUUGUUAUACACAUGACAAAUACUCGGUGCCCGAGGCGAAUAAAUGUGACAUUAGUAGACCUUAAUGAGUCAAUUUUUUUUUUCACUUUUCUGUGUAUGUGUGUCUCUCUAUUGCAUAUACAGCGUGGCGCUACACUGGCGCCAUUAAAUAAACAUUCGGCUAGAACUGCUUAACCUUAGUUAUAAAAAAUAUUACAAAAUAAAAUACAUAAUUCACCUAAAUAAAUAAUUUUUAUAAAAUAAAAUUGCGCGCUAGUGUAGGCACUGACACCUGCUACGCCCCGUCUUAUGCGACCACGUAAGGGUGAUUAAAAAAUUGUUUGUUGAUUAUUUUUUAUGAUUAAGGUUAGAUAGCGUGUGUAACGCCACGCUAUAUAGUCCAGUCAUCGAGUGUUUUUUUUUUGUUUUUGGAGAUAUUGGCGAAAAACCAAAGGCUUAUAAAUUUUUGCAAUAUUUUGAUCGGUACAGAAUUUUUAUUUAAAAAAUAAUCGAGACGCCAUUCCUAAAUUUUAUGACAUCUUAUCCAUAUUUUCCUAGCUUCUUGAAAUAGUUGAACAAAAAAGCACGUUUUGAGUAAAAUAAUAUGGGCCGGUAUUCAGUCUGACUUUAAUUCAACAGAGUCUGUGGACUAAUGAGAAGUCGGCUGUAUGCAUUUACAAUUUUCAGUUUUUAUUUUAUUGUCGUACCCACUCUCCUUAAAAAGCUUCUUCCUCGCGUGCCUAUUCGACUAGGUUGGCAGCAGUGUUGUUAUGGAUAUAUAAUUUCGGAUCCGGAUAUGGAUAUGGAUAUUGUUAAAAUAUAAUAUCGGUUUCGGUUACGGUUAUGGAUAUUAAAUUAUUUCGGAUUAUCCGAUAGUUUCGGUUACGGAUAUUAAUUUUUUAAGGAACUGUAAAAUGAAAUACAAAUAAGAUUAUAUUCGGAUUUAAUUGUACCUUGUAGGUUUCGCAAUCUGUCAUACAAGUAAUUCUUUCUUACAGCUACUACCACCUAAUUAAUACCUAUAUAAUAUAUAGGUAACUAAUUAAAUGCAAAGUCAAAAUUAACGUUCGUAAUUUGUUAUAUAUGAAUAAACAUCAUUGAUAACUGUUUUUUACACUCCUGUAAAGGUGUCAGCUGUUGGGUAUUGGUCAGUUUUUGUGGGUUAUCUUUUUUUGGCGGAGUGCACAGUUAAUUCGUAUGAGUGUAGUAUAUAGUUAGACUCCGCCCUAUCCGAAACUAUCCAAAACUUAUUUCGGAUUCGGUUACGGUUACGGAUAUUUUUUUAUUUCGGAUAUCCGAUAGUUUCGGUUACGGAUAUAGAUAUCCAUAACAACACUGGUUGGCAGUCAGCUUCAUAAAUUAAACUUUUAGAUCUUCGUGAGGUGAAAUUGUUCUGCUGCACUUGCGAUUACUGUCCACUCUCGGAUACUGCGCAGCCAAGAAUUUUUUCUGUGACCGACGCGUCUGUUUCCGAGAACAUCUUCCAUCAUGAUGAGUUGUAGGAGUUCGUACCUCUCGUGCCUAAGCACUUGUCCCAAAUAUGCGACUUUCCUCAUCUAAAUGGUUUGCACGAGUUCGCGUUUUUGAUUGAAGCGGCGCAGAACUUCCACAUUCGUGAUCUUAUGAGUACAAUUAACGGCCAACAUACGUUUAUAUACCCACAUUUCGCAAGCUUCUAUACGUUUCCUGAGAUCUGAUUUAAUAGUCCACGCCUCACAUCUGUAUAGAAGUAUGGGCCAUGGAACAGCGCAGUAAUUGAGUGCGCAAGGAUCCUAAGACCGCGGUUGCAAAGUACUUUUUUCAUUUAACCAAAGGUGAUUCGAGCCACUUCAAUUCUGGUCUUGAUUUUCUGGUCGCGACAGUUUUCUUUACAAAGCUACAUUUGUUCAAAAUCAAUUGUUAUAAGUACCCAACGUAUAAAGUGGUAAAAUCAUGUUUAUAUUAUAUAACUUAACGCGUCCGUCUCACGCACAUUUGAUGCAUCGCGGGCAGCGAGUAUUUGAUAUUUACGUACUGUACGGUGGUCAAGGAAUCUUCUUACCUCGUCGUCUCGAUGGUUUUUACCUGACAUCAGACCGCUCAAAAAGUAAUGUUCUUUAAACACUACAAAGAAGGUUCUACCCUGUUGGCAACUCUGUACUUCUUAUCACGAUCGACAAAAAUGAAAUUGCAUCAAACUGGGCCAGGUUAUUCUUCUGUCGAUUUAGAAAGUCGUCGACAAAGUUUUUAUCAUCCAAAAAAUAUUUAGUAUUUUGUAAAUUCAUAUCCAAAUAUCUUUAUUCAAAAUAGGAUAUGAAAUAAUUUAUCAUACGUCAUAAACUACUAACUAUUCAAAAAUUUAUUUAUUUAACAAUACUACAUCUAUCAUUACAGGUUUGACUUACGGCCGUUCCCAAUAUUCAGUCUAUCUCUUACAUGAGAAAAAAAUCGUAACUAUCGUUGACUUUUCUAUCCCAAUAAACUUAUCGACGGUAACUCACCUUAUCUGUAUACGCUGUCUGUCCAUGGGACGACGUAUAGCUUACCAGCGAUAGAAGUUUGUAUGGAAAUUGCAAUUCACGCGUCACAAUAUUAGGAGACAAGAAUGACUUAUCGGGUAUAUUGGGACAGCUUCAGAUUAUUGACAGCUAAUAACUGACAGUAGAAGGUAGUAAUUUAUCUCUCUCUGUAGAUAGUAUAUUGGGAACGGCCGUUAACCUAUUGCGAUAGAGUAUGGAAUAUAUAAAAUAACGUGACACGAGUAUUUUAUAUAUUUGACCAGCUGGCCGAGCAAACGUAUUGCCAUACAAAUAAAUAAAAAAAAAUCGGACUAUAAAAAAUAGAUGUUGGCCGAUUUUUAGACCUACCCAAUAUGCACACAAAAUUUCACACAAAUUGGUAACAAACAUAUAUAUGAUAUAAAACAUAUUUGGUAAAAGAAAACUUAUGUCACUAUAUAAUAUUAUUGUAAUUGAACACAAACGGUACCAUAAGAAGCUAAAAAUUUUUAGCCCAAGGCACUUAUAUACAGUGUGGACAUAACAUGCGCAUAAGAAUUAAUUUAACUUCAAGUAAUAAAAAAUAUCUAUAUGCAGUCAAAUGCUAAGCAUCCUGUAAUUAUGAAGAAUUAUGAAUAUUAUUUUCUUAUUAAAUUUAUAAAUAAUCGGUAAUACAUAUAUCUAGUAACUAAUAUCCAUGAAUGUGAUCUGUUUUCUCUUGAAAAUGUAUAGAUGAUAGCUUUUGCCUUAAUUUGUUUGAUGUACUUUCGAUAAUAUGAUAUGUAUCGCAAGGCCACUUCCAGACGUUAUGAUAAUGUUAUUAGUUGUAUUGUGUUGGUAUUCGAUGUGAUUGCGUUGGAAAUGGUGAGGUAUAAGACUCAAUCAAAUUGCGAUUUUCAACUAAACAAUUUAUUUUAAUUCAUGUUACUAAAGAAAUAUAUUAUUAUAUGCAUUAA